UAUUCCAUUACAGUCGUCAUAAAUAAAAACAUAUCCGGAGUAAUUGGAGAAGGCGGUACACGAAUACAGUGCUCAUACACAAGACACAAUGCGACUAAAAUUUUUGCAAUCGAGUUAAAAGCUAACAACAACACAUCUGUAACAUUCUUACCUGACGAGAAACCAAGAUUGACAACAAAGGGACAGUAUUUGGAAGGAAGAGUAACACUGAUGAAUAUAAGUAAAGUGUCUACAGAAGCUGUCAUGAUAUUCGAUAGACUAACCUGCGAUGAUCAAAUGAGCUAUAGUUGUUCCCUUGUUUAUCUUGACCAAAACGGUAGAACAGAAGAACGUAGUUCAGGAACGACAACCAUUACUGUUAAAGUUCCACCAUCAAAACCUGAAUACGUAGCGAUUGUAGAUUUAUUAGAAGAUGAAUCAACAACUGUAUUGCAGAUUCAAAAUACAUCUUCGCCUCCAAAUUUUACUAAGAGAUCUACUACUAAACAAUCUACAACCUCAUCCAUUAUGAAAGAAGGAGAAAUCAUUACAUGUGUCUGUGCCGGAAAUGUUGGAAAGCCUCCAGGAAAAUUUAUAUGGCAAAAAUAUCGACAUGGAGAAAAAGUUCCAAUGAACUACACAAAUACUACUACAAUAACGAUUUCAGUUACGGACAAGUGCUCCUACUAUGGUACCAGUUACCUUCAGCUCCGAGUAACUGCUUCGGAUAACCAAGCAAUCAUUCGGUGUUUCAUUGAUUCGCCUUUGGCAAAACCAUAUAUGUAUGUGGAAAUGAAACCGAUAGACGUUAUGUCUAUCCAUAAUGAUACGACCACGGAGUCUUUACUAACGUUAACGACCAUGAGCAAUAAUUUCACUGUUUCAGACGCAGCAGCAGAAUCACACGGUGGAUACAUCGAUCUUGGUAUUGUUAUUGGUGUGUUGGCUUUGGUUAUAUUGAAUGCAUAUGUAAUUUAUUUAUUUAAAAGAAAACAAAGAGAGAGAAGUUAUGCAGUGCAGAGAGAAUCGAUGAACAGCAAUUUGAGCAAUAGAGACCCACCCAUACAACAGAGAGGUCACUGUGAAAUCAUUGCGAUGACUGAUGAUAUUGGCAAAGAGACAUCAGUGGGUGCUGACGUAAAUAUUGAAGAUACAAGAUUGCAUAACAAUGAAAAUCUGACAAGACACGAAGAAAAUGAGGACAACCAAACCCCGACCAAUAUAUCUCCUGAACAAACAGAUCGUAUAAAUGCUCAAGUGAAAGAAACAGGCAAAUCUCAGAUUCCAAACAGAGACCACAAAGACAAGAGCAGAGAAAGAAUAUACACAAAGAAUCACAGUAAAGAACAGAACAAGAUAACAGAAAAUGUCAAGAAGGAAACUAGCUUGUAACAGGAAAGUGACGACAUGCAGAACAAUAUUCAAAACAAAACUUUCCCAAACAGGACUUUUGAAGAUUGAAUGUGCUCACCCACAAAAAAGAAUACAUACGCCACCAUCUUUUUUAUCAACUGUAGUAUACUAGUAUUCAGCAGAAAGGCUUCCAAAUUAUAGAAAAUAAACCAACACAGCUCAAAUAUUAGCUUUGCAUGCUAUUUCUAAAAAAACAUUUUAAAGGGUUUGAAUCAACGAUUUUGUUAAACAAACCCUCCGAGUGUACUUUUUUAAUAAAAGGUCAAGAUUGAUACAAAUGAUACUUGGAUUAAAAAGCCUUGCAAUCCACAUAGAAUUAAAUGUGUUUUCUUUUCUUUAAUAUCAAAUAUUUUAAGAUGGUUUAACGUUGAGUAUAAAUAUUAAUCACGACCUUAUCUUUGAAUUAGGCAUGUUAGAUGUAUGUCUGCUUUUUAAUUCACCUUGCGUUGUUUUGACAUUAAUUUAAAAUUUGAUUAGAGAAUAAGAUGACAAACAUUGGCAAAUAAAAAAGUCAAUAUUUUGAUUCAUUUUGUAAUAAUAUUAACAAUACGAAUUUUAAUGCACCAGAUACGCAUUUGGACAAUGUAUGUCUCUACAGUGAUGCUCGAGGCCGAAAUAUUUAUAAAUAUACAUUACAGAUCUUAAAAAGUUGAAAAAUAUGAUAGGUUCGUGACUUUGUUUUUUUAGAUACAUUGUAUAAUCAAUUGAAAAUUUGGCGCGAAAUGAUUUUCUCUAGUUUUUCAUACGUUUAACAUUGCCACCUGUUUUUAUUAACCAGCAAUUAUAAUAGAUUUUUCAUACAGUUGACAUUGCAUCCUUUGUUUUUUGUUAACCAGCAAUGUUACCAAGCUAUCAUUUAUUUUGCUUUUUAAGUUCCGUUAUUUAUAUACUAUCAAUUCAUAACAGCCUUUUAAAAAGUUUGUUAUUUUGAAACAGAGGAGCGAACAUCCUUAACAAAUAUAAGUUCAAUAUUCGAACUAACGAACGAUCUGUUGAACAAAUGUUGAAUGAGUGACCAUUUGUCAGUUUCUACGCAGCACUUCACAUUUUUACUCAUUACUGAUAAUCAACACGACCAAAAUCAUUUAAAAAAGGUUUCAUUUGGGAUUUAUCAGUUUUCCCUUUCUUAAUCCCUGUCAACCCCUUAUUAUUUAAAAAAAAUUGAUAGAUGUUAAUUUAUAUUUUGGUUUUUAUUAUCUAUUUGAUUAUCAAUGUUAGUUUUGGUUGGUGGACAUCUGUAUUUCUGAUAAGUUAUGUUGCAUAAACUUCAUUCAAUAUUUGUAUUUCUUUGUAUAGUCUUAGUUAACCCCUUCCUAUGUCAAAUUAUUGAAUUAUUUAAUAUGUUAAUAUUGUUUUUAUGUUUUUCAGUCAUAAUUAUAUUGUUGUACAAAAUUAUAAAUAUUGUUUAUUUUAUAUGAUUAUUUUUACUAUGAAUAAGUUAAAAUGUCACAAGUUACUUUUUGUUUCUCCAUUCUUUAUACAUUGCUCAAGAUAAUGUCAAAAAGAGAUUAUUGAUGAAUUUAGACAAAUACAUGUUGAACCUC